AUGCUUAAGGAGCGGGAGAGUUUGGAAGGGUCGCCAUCUACCCCAGAUGAAUGUGCUGGCUGCGGGGGGAGGAUACAGGACAGAUAUUACUUGCUGGCUGUGGAUCGGCAGUGGCACGGCUCUUGUUUGAGAUGCUGCGAGUGCCGAUUGCCACUUGACACGGAGCUGACUUGUUUUUCCCGCGAUGGCAACAUUUACUGCAAGGAGGACUACUAUAGAAUGUUCUGCGUCAAGCGCUGCGCUAGAUGCGGUAACGGCAUCACCGCUAACGAGCUGGUGAUGCGAGCGAGGGAUAUGGUUUACCACCUCACCUGCUUCACUUGCUUCGCCUGCGGUUCUCUACUGUCCAAAGGCGACGUCUUCGGGAUGAGGGACGGAUUGGUCUACUGCCGACCGCACUACGACAGUGCUUGCAUGGACGAGUACUGCGAAGAUGAUAUGAGCAGCGUCUAUAGAUGCCAAGAGAUGCACAACGGUGGUGGUUCCCCAUCACAUUUCUACAAUGGCGGGUCAAGUCAUAAAGGUCGCCCCAGGAAGAGAAAGCUGGUACAAGGGUCUCCUGAAGACAUGCAAGUCCAAACCAUGCGAAUGGCGAGCACAGCACUCGAUAUACUCCAUAGAGGAGAUUUAUCAUCAUCGAUGGAGUCAUUGGCUUACGACUCGUCUGUUGCUUCUCCGGGAAGUGUUUCAAGUCAUACACAACGCACCAAGCGAAUGCGUACCAGUUUCAAACAUCACCAAUUGCGAACAAUGAAGUCUUAUUUUGCGAUUAAUCAAAAUCCUGAUGCCAAAGAUUUGAAGCAACUAGCUCAGAAGACUGGACUAUCAAAGAGAGUACUGCAGGUCUGGUUCCAAAACGCACGCGCGAAAUGGCGGCGCAACAUCAUGAGACAGGAGACGAACCAACAUGGACCGAUGACACCAAACGGUAACCCUGGCCACUCGGGUGGUGCGUCUUUGGUGCCGGGCACGGUGACGUCCAACAGCGUUCCUGGUGCCAUGAUGCUUGGAGAACCUCUACAACCUAUGGACGACAUGCAUACUCCACAUCCGAUAAGUUUCAGCGAACUGUAC